CACUCAUCCGCCAGUGAAUCACUCCUGCUUUUGUCUGUCUCGCUCGCUCUUUUUUCAUUUUUCCGGGCCAAUUACAAGCUCGAUGCCAGCGAGUCCCUGAUGACUCAUACACGAUGGCUGGUGGAAAUCUAUCUAUGACCGGCUGCUCUUCAUAUUUACAGCUGCGAUGGAAAUUUCCCAACUUCUCCCACACCACGAGACGAGGCCAACUGGGCGACACUGCCGCGCUGUCACACCGAUGUACGAGAGAAGAAGGGAGAGGCUCGGAAACGCAAGGAAUGUGACGAGGCCAAAGAAGUUCUCAGUGAGGAUACAAGAGUGUCGCAAUCCCGACUUGUCUCUCCUUUCUCGUCGCGUCACGUCACGUCACGUCCGGUCUCUGUAUGACACGUCGGCAGUGUCAGUGCCGCAGCCGAUGCCGGUGAAAGUCCCGAUGACCGGCCUAAACAGAUCCGCCCUUAUAGGUGCUCGGCGGUCGCGAGUGAUAACACCCUUGUACAUCCGCGGCUGGCUGCCAAACACGUUCCUGCAGAAGCGCGCGAGAAACAAAUGGAUCCACCCAUGGCUACGUGUACUUAUUGUGCGUGUGCGUGUACGUACCAGUGCACCUGACAGGGAGAUAUAGGCAAACACACACACAGACACACACAGACAGACAGACAGACAGGCAUGACCGAACAGACACAUCAGUCGUUGGUUGUUUGUUUGAUUACCCACCUCCGCCAUGUAUCGGUGUGUGGUGUUGUCGACUAGAAACUCCCACAUGACGCCAAACUUAUCCAAACGCCACUCGCCUGACAAUGCGUUGCAUGCCAUGCAGCAACAGAAAUAAACGCAAGCAUGGCUGAAUGGGUGAAGGCCUGGGCUGAGUGAACCGCUGCAGGCUCACUCACCCUUGUGUCCGUCGCUCGUCUGCAGUGAGCCAUCGCGGCGGAAAUUGAUCCGCAUCUCUGACCUGAGUGAAGUGAUGUGCACACAGACUCACGUAGAUCCACCCACGUCAAUCAAUCGGUAGGGUAGGUGAUGCGUACCUGCGGCGAAACAGGCCUCUUCUCACUCUGAGCUUCCACUCCUCCAUCCGCAGCGGAUGUGGGCUGUCGCUGCACACACCACACACACACACACACACACGAUUGAUGGCAGGCAAGAUCCAUCCACUCGAUUGUCAAUUGUGGUCAGCUCACUCUGCUUCGGUUUGUUUCCGAAAGAGGUGCGGCAGCGAAAAGGCGCCGCCCAGACCACUCACCCUGCACAUGAACUCCACACACAUUCACUUGACCCCGACACACCCACUCCCUCCCGUAUUGCGUGCGUUGCGUACCUUGGUGGCCUCAUCAUUGCAUGACCCGUGUGGAGCAGCAACGGCACCGUGCCCAACACAGCAACAAUCAGCGCGUGUAGCCACGCACAUCCUUGCACCUGCACCGACAGACGCAUGCCAUUGAAUGAAUGCACGGCAGAUCUACAGCUGGAAGCAUUCAGUGGUUGGCGUUUUCUCCUCCCUUCUCUUACCCCCUCCAUCAAUGACCGCUGGAUCUUGAGGAACUGGCUCCUUCUGUGAGUCCUCAGCGAGAGCGGCUUCACGGAAUGAACUGAC